AUGGACGCCCUGAUCAACGUCCACAACACCACCGCCCAGGAAGCCGGCCGACCUGCCCUCCCCACCGACCCAGGCUCCAUCUUCGUGCUCGUCACGACCCUCCUCGUCUUCUUUGGGCCCCUCUUUGUGCUCUUCCCACCUUUCCCGCCGUCCAAGAGCGAUGCCCUGACCGAGACGCACAACAAGCUCGGCCCCGAGCCCGCCAGAUCCAACCUAACCAGGGAAAACAACAAGAAGAACAAGAAUGCCAAGGAGGGCGGUCAAGGCAGCAGCAGCAUCAGCUCCCUCUUCGUCUACCCCGUCGAGCCCUGCCGCGGCGUCGAGCUCGCCCGCGCAAAGCUCACCCCCGCAGGUCUCGAGUUCGACCACCUGUUCCACCUCGCCCAGCUCCGCAGCCCCUUUCCCGUGUCCACCACCUCUGCCUCUGCCGCCGCCGAUGACGCUGAGACUGACGCCGACGCCUCCUCUCCUGCGCGCCGCCACACCUGGGAGGCCAUCACCCCCCGCCAGUUCCCCCUCCUCGCCACCGUCGAGGUCGAGCUGUGGCGCCCGGACCUGGCCAAGAUCAAGGGCUUCCGCGACGUCACCGCCGGCUCCUCCAACGAGGUCUUCCUCAUCCUGCGGUUCCCCUGGCGCGCCGAGGGCGUGUGGAGAGGGUUAUGGGACGUGUUCGCCGCCAAGUGCAGCCGCGGGUGGCGGGCGCAGCCUGUCGUGGAGGUGAUGCUGCCCGUGGCGUGUCCGCGCCCCGGCGAGAUUGCGGAGAAGGGGUAUGCCUUUGAGGAGAAAUCGAAGGUCGUGGCCUUGAAUAUGGGCUGUGAGUUGCCUGAGGAGCUGAGGUUGUACUUGGGCGUGAGCAACAAGCUGGCGCUUUUCAGAGUCGACCCGGUUGGCUUGAGGGAGGUAUAUGACACUUCUGUGCCGCGUGGUGAGGAUAGUGGACGAGCCCAGCCUGUUUUGGGCUUUCAGGAUCCGUAUCCGGUUCAUGUCACAAGUCUGGCCAGCUUGCGGGAUCUGGAGUCUAAGCAGACCAAGAAGGAGAGCAAGGCAGGAUUGAGCCUCACAGAGCAAUCCCGAGCCAACAUAUUCGUGUCUGGACUGUCCCCUUGCGAUGAGCACGGCUGGAAGAAGAUCAAGGCGAAGCCAGAGGGCUCACAAGAGCUGCAUGAGGUAGCAUUCCAAGUCUCGAGUCGAACUCACAGAUCUGAGCCCGACAGCAACUCGGGCGCGCCCACGACGGAUAAUCUUGGAGUGCAGAUGCUCCCCCUCUUUGAGAACGUAGACUCGCAUGAGAACUUCAUCGAGGUGAGCAUGUCGAUAGAGGUGUUGGAUCAGGACGAGCAUGUGUACAAGAGACAAUAG